ACGAUGAGUCGUCAGCAGCAGCAGGCGCCUCUCAGGGCUUCCGCCAACGGAGCCCCGCACCGGAAGCUUGACAGCGGAAGGCAGGACAGUAAAUCACACCUGAUGAGGUCUUCAUCCGGUGGUUUUACCAGCGCGGAAAACGGAGGCAAACUAGGGCUUACGAGCCCUUCGCGGGAUCGUCUAGUCUAUGUUAUGACGCAGUUCACUGGGCAUCAUGUGGAUGUGCAUGUCAAGAAUGGGUCUGUCAUCUCUGGAAUCUUCCAUGCCACAAACACUGAUAAAGACUUUGGAAUUGUGCUGAAAAUGGCACAGCUGAUAAAGGAUACUUCUGUGGGAGGACAAAGUAAUCCUGCUGAUGUUUUGAGAAAGCCCGAUACUAUGAUAAUACCAGGGCGAGACCUUGUUCAAGUUUUUGCAAAGGAUGUAACACUUGGUGGUGAUGAGCUGCCAAAAGGUCCUGUUCAUGACAAAAGGAAAGACUUAAUGAUAGAUUCUGCCAUCUCUCGUUCUCACUUCCCUGAAGAGAGGGAGCUUGAACGCUGGGCACCAGAUGAAGGAGAUUCAGAUUGCAUCGAAUUGGAAAAAUUUGACAGAAAGGGGCAUAGGAGCUGGGACCAGUUUGAAACAAAUGCAGCUUUGUUUGGGGUAAAGAGUACUUUUAAUGAAGACCUGUAUACCACAAAACUUGAGCGAGGUCCUCAUAUGAGAGAGCUUGAAAAACAUGCUUCAAGGAUAGCCCGAGAAAUAGAGGGUGAAGAUACAGAGGAUCUCCAUCUUGCUGAGGAAAGAGGUAUAUACGUGGAUGAAGACUUGGAGCAGGAUGAAGAGAUAAAAUAUUCUGCAGUUCGCAGGGAUACUGAUACUUCCAAACUUAAAUCCUUUAUGAAUGUCCCAAGCAGUGCACAUCCUUUUGAUCCGCUUACCAGACCAGGCAGCAUUGAUACCAAGGAUUUGCAGGACGAAGAAUCAUCUUCCCAUAUAUUUGGUGGUACCCAUUUGCCUGUCACUGCUGCAACUAGCGUGCUAGCAUCUGAAUACCAAUCAAACAAGCCUUUUCCUGCUGAUCCCAACAGGUUGGAUGACAAGCGAAGUAAAGAUAGCAGCAGUGACAAAGACAACAGGAACUUGCGACCUGAGAAUACUUUAUCUGAAGGGGGUAGACCGCUGGUUUCUGAAGAUCCGGAAGGGGCAUCUUCAAGGUUGCGUGCAUCUGAACCUUCAUCUUCUGGCCAAGGAGACAAGUCACCAGAUGGUUUGGCACCAGAUUCUGCUGUACCCAGCAAACUUCAUUCGGCGCCUGAAUACGUUAAUUCUUCUCAAAUACCUGGUAGUUCUACAUCAUCAACAUCCGAGCGUGUUGCUGCGAACUCAGCUGCGAGUGCUCCAGGCUUGUCACCAAGCUCUUCGAUGGGAUCUCUUAGCUCGGACAAAUCAACUUUGAACCCAAAUGCUAAGGAAUUCAAGUUGAACCCAAAUGCUAAGGCUUUCACUCCCUUGACUUCUCCUCUGAGGCCACCUAAUCCUCCAGCGCCUGAUUCAACAUACUAUUAUCCUAAUAGCAUGCCAACUACUCCUGGACCUGGUUUACCAGUUGGCAUGGGGUUUCCGCAGGCGUAUGGUGUCCAGCCUAUGGUUUACAAUGCUCAACCUGGACCUCCACCUCCUCCCCAGGGUUACAUGCAUCCUUCUGGGCAACAGUACGGGCAGCAGAUGAUGAUGGGGCAGACUCGUCCCGUCUAUUAUUAUGCACCUGAGAUGCAACAAUACAGAGGAGGAAGAAACUACUAGGUAGAUGAUUCUUUGACGCUGCAACGUGGAACUCUGCAGCCAAAUCCCCAUCUGUUGGGACCCUAACCAGGGCCGAUGCGCUGCUAAGACAGAGAAGAACUGGCGAUGGCCUUUGACACAACCAUGUGUGCGUGUGUGUUGCCAGGACGAAGACACCGUUGUUCCGCACUGGUCUUGGAGUCUGAAGCGGGUUAACUCGGAUCUAUUGUUGUUGUUUUUGUACCGUGGAUGCGAUGUUGUAAAGUAAAAAUGCCAGGCCGCCAUUUAUUUGUUUUGCCGCUGGGAUGAUAUUUGCAAUUGUGUGUGGGUGGGUCUGUUCCUUUUGUAAUACUCUUGCUGUCAACUUCCUUCUGAUUGAAGACGUGUUUGUGAGAGUCUGAGAACUGAAGAGUAUGGUUCCUUUUGCAGGCUGUUGUUGCCGAUUUGCCCAGUUUAUGAAAACUUGGCCUCUUUGCCAUGCUCAUUUCCUCUGAUA